AAAGAAAACAACAAUGUCCAAUUCAGGUCCGAAAGAAAAAAUUUGUAUUCGUAAAUUAAUACAAAAGACUAUGAACAUUACGAAGGCCGGCAUUGCGUAUCGCAGAGGCAUUUUCAAGAAUCCGGUUUGCGUUUGCUGGUCUAGAAACGAACUAAGGAAAAUUCGGGAGAAGAUAAUUAAUGAAAAUAAACCGGGGAAUGUCCGGAUCGUCUCCGAAAUAAUUAAAAUUUCAAGGGAAAACAAGAAGGAAGAUGAUCUACUAGAGAUUGAGCAUAAAUUGAGAACCGUGGACCUUGCUGACCGCAAUGAGGUGCAAGACGAACAGCCAGACGAUGUCGUCAAGAAGGGGGACGGCAUGAACAUGGAUAUGGUCGAUUAAUGGCUUUCGCAACUUCAGCUGCAUUACCACAGCAUUCACGUUACCUAAUAAAUUAAUGUGUCUCAGUUUUGACAUCAGCAAAGCAAAUAA